UCGCCAUCCCAUCCCACUUUCCCCUCGCCCCAGUUCCUCCCACUCCACAGCCCAGCCGCUCGCCGCCUCCACUGCGACCGAGAGGAGCAUCGAGAGCCUAGGGUUCCCUCUCCUCCCCUCCUCCCCGCGCUCCGAUGGCCGCCUCCGAGGUGGUGCUCGAGGUCCUCCCCCAGGCGCCGCCGCGGGAGCCGGCGGCCGCGCUGCUCCCGCACCUCGCCGUGCCCAAGGUGCUGCAGUACCUGUACCUCGCGAGCGCGUGGGUCGCCUGCGCGGGCGUGGCCGCCGGGACCGUCGCGCGCCGGGCCUUGGGCGACGGCUCCCCGGUGACCUACGCGUUCCUCAAGGUCUCGAUCGGAGCCCUCGUCUUCCCCGCGCUGCUCGUCCUCGUCGUCACCCUGCGGUUCCUGCGCGCCAUGUGCGCGGCGGGGUUCGGGCUGUCGCUCCGCACCGUCGCCAGGGAGGUUCAGAUCCAUUCCAGGAAGAUGUUUGGAGCAUUAACUUGGAAGGUGCUGCUGGACCCUGCUGCGCUUGUGUUGCUCGUGUCUUUCCUAUUCUUCCUGCUGCUCGGAGCAGGGGUUCUGGUGCUUGGGGGGCUGUUACCAGUGCAGGAAUCUCAGAGGGAAAGGAUUGGUUCUGCACUCUUUGAUACUGGGGUGUUGGGUGCCAUGGGAAUGUCUUGCUUUGUCAUCAUACCCAGUUUUGCACUAAAGCUCUGGAGGAGCAAAUAGGGUGGCGACACGGAAGCAUUUCGAUAUCUGAGGCGAGGACAAGUAGAGAAGGCACUGAAGCUCGACAAGCAGUUACAGCACAGACCCUGAAGUCUGCUGACGUCUGCGGUUGAAGCUAGCUGACUUUUCUGCUUAGGUUCUAAUCGUCUCAAUAUAACUUUAUUAAGUCGUUCUUGGUGCUUCGUUGUAUAUAUGAAUGUUGCUGGAACUGGUAACCUGAGGCUGAAGCGUGUGCAAUGGGUUCACCCUGUCUGAACAUAAGUACUCCCUGUUUAGACAUUUGUCUCGUGAAAUGAAUGUAACUGAUUCACUGUUGUCGCGGUGCUUGCUUCGUGGCCACUGGCCGGAUCUGUGGCUGCUAUUUUGAAUACUGAUAUCUGUGAAUGUGAUUAUACAUAUUAAACACCGUUUUGGA